GCCAUCGAACUCACCAGACAAGCUUGAAGAUGGGGACGUCCUGGAACUGUGCUUUUGUAUUGGCCAUCUUUCUCGCCAGGACUGGAGCUUCCCCUGCCAUCGUGAAUGGAGUCCUGGGUCAGUCGGUUUCCUUGUUUCCUUCGAUCCCAGUCAGACAGGACAUGGAUGAGGUUGUGUGGAGAAGGUUAUCACCCAUAAAAAAGAUAGCACAAUACUCACAAGGAUCGAUUAAGUACUUUAAUACCAGUCACAACAAUCAAAUAACUCUUCAUUCUGGAAACUUCAGCCUGGAAAUCCAUGAUCUGAGGAAAGAGGAUGCUGAUGAAUAUGAGGUCAUUGUUACAGAAAGAGAUUCAGGAAAAGAACGCUUAGAGCAUAUCCAACUUAAGGUGUACGAGCUUGUGUCAGGAGCAAACAUCACAGUUCAGACCACUGGGAUCUGCAACCUCACCUUGACCUGCACCGUGACCUCAGGUGACCCCACCAGCUUCAAGUGGUGGUGGGAAGGAGAAACUUUGGUAAAUGACAGCACGCGGCACAUCUGGGUACUCGGAAAUAUGCUAGAGGUUCAUCACACUGCAGAGGUCAAGGACGCUGUGUACAAAUGUGAGGCCAGGAACCCCAUCAGUAAUGGAAAGGCAGAGAUCCAGCUGAAGGACAUCUGCAAACUGGACACAUCUGCUGACAAAUCGUCAAACAGCAACAACAAGCAGAACAUUGCAGUCAUUGCAGCCAUUGCAGUCAUUGUAGGCACUCUAAUCAUCGUCUUUGUGGUUGCCAUUAAGAUGAAGGGCUCAGUUCGCUCGAUUUAUUUCACCCACGGGAGGAGGACAACAGAUGGGAGCAGGCCUGAAGGCAAGUACCCAACUGUCCUACCCGAAGGACCGGGGAGCAGGGGAGCGGUAUAG